GUGGCAUUGCAGUGGGGUCAGAGGUCACAGGUGGAAGGCCACAACGCGGAGGCUGCGCCCUGGCCGGGGUUUCAGUGGGGGCCGAGAUGAUGCAGGGGGACAGCGAUGAGCGCCGCACCAGAUUCAUGACAGAUGCCUGGUUGCUGAGCCCCACGCCCCAGUAAGGCACCGAGGGCAGGGUGCCAGGGCUGGAGUGGAGUCCCCUGGGGGCCUCUGGGAUUGUGGAGGAGUCUCCCCAGCCUAUCCUGAGCCACAGUCUCUGCCUCCCUCACCAUGCCGCACAUCGAUAAUGACAUCAAGCUGGAUUUCAAGGACGUCUUGCUGAGACCCAAGCGCAGCACCCUGAAAUCCUGGAGCGAGGUGGAUCUCCUCCAAUCAUUCACUUUCCGCAACUCGCACCAGACGUAUAGUGGUAUCCCCAUCAUUGCUGCCAACAUGGACACUGUGGGCACCUUCGAGAUGGCCAAAGUCCUUUGCAAGUUCUCACUCUUCACUGCGAUCCACAAGCACUACAAGCUGGAGGAGUGGAAGGAGUUUGCUGCCCAGGAGCCCAAUUGCCUGCAG